AUGGAAAGUAACCACGAUCCAUUCAUCUUUGCAACAGAAAUGCAAGAUGAAACGGACACACUCGAGGCAAUACAUUGCAACAUAAUGCCUGCAGACGGCAUUUUGCAAUCGGACUUUUGCGAGCCUUUGCUCUAUGAUGACCACCUCGUUCAGGAUGCCGCGAAUGACUGGUCAAAUUUGCAGUCGACAUUGAUCGACACGUCGCCCUCUAGUAGAUGUAGCAACUCGCACGAAGAAAUGACCUCUAUCUUCGAGCAGUCAUAUUGGUCACAGCCACAGCUUAGUGGUAUAACCCCGGCGAGCGGCAGCGGUGGUGGUGGUAUCAGUGACGAGCUGUUUGAUACGAUGUCUUUCUCAGCCCCUGAUGCUAUAGCCAUUACAAAUGACAAGCUCCAUGAGUACGGAGAUAUGUCAGGAUGCAGCCCUGAACUGGCAGUGAGAAUGACAAAGCAGAGUCUCCGCGCUCUCAAAGACUGGAAAAUCCAGCACGGCGAGACCAUCAAACCAACAAGGCAUGAUAUAAGUCAACUGCAAAAGCAAACAGGGCUAUCGCCUGAGCAGAUCCGGAACUGGUUCUCACACUCAAAAAGGCGCAAUGAAGCCUUUGGUGGUGGAGGUGCUGCUAGUCAUCGAGCAGGAGGAAUGUUGAGUGCCUUGUCGCUCGAGUUGUCAGCCGCAUCCACAGUCGAGAAUAUACCGGCAAGGCCACCUACACCAACGGUCAGAGACAUCCUCUACACACCCGCUACUCCGCUCGAAGACAUGUGUCCAAUGGAGAGAUGGGAGAAUUCGCCGCCGGAGCAUGAAGCAGCGCUCGUUAGCGACAUCGCAAAAGCACUAUCACACUCUGAUACUCAGUAUUACAACGCUUCAUGUACAAGCACACGAUCUGCCUCUCGCGGAGACUCCGUUUCUACGGGCUCAUCUAUCCAAGAUCGCCAUCCUGAUCCAUCAGAUUCAUCUAUUGACUCUGACAUCUUUGACUCAGCAGCAUGGUCAGAGCAUUCCGGCCAGUCAACACAUUCCGGCAGAUCAAGUACUACCGAAUACCGACGACGAGCGCGCAAACGACGCACCAACCCAUUACUGCGUGGCUCAAAUAUCCUUCGCGGCGACAUUCCAAAGACCUUCCAAUGCACAUUCUGCACCGAUAGCUUCAAGACAAAGUACGACUGGUCUCGGCACGAGAAAUCACUUCAUCUCGCGCUGGAGUCAUGGACCUGCUCACCAUUUGGAAGCAUAAUCCAAGAGCCAGAGGACGGCUCUCAACCGAAAUGUGCAUACUGCAACGCCCCAAGCCCGACAGAAGACCAUCUACGCACCCACCGAUACCUGGCCUGCGACGACCGGCCACUUUCUGAGCGAACAUACUACCGCAAAGACCAUUUACGCCAGCACCUCCGAUUAGUGCACGGAUGCCGAUUCACCCCCAGCAUGAGCAAAUGGAAACGCACACCGGAAUACGUCCGCUCCCGCUGUGGCUUCUGUGACCAGCAACUCACAACCUGGCAAGGCCGCAUCGACCACCUAGCCAGCCAUUUCCGCGCGGGCCACACCAUGGCCAAUUGGUCUGGAGGUUGGGGAUUUGAGCCGCACAUCUCCCGACUUAUUGAGAACAGCAUGCCGCCGUUCUUAAUCCACCAUGAGCGGAGCACCGUCUCCCCGUUUAGCGGGUCGAUAUCGAUAUCGAUACCGUCCGCCAGAAAGCAGGAUAGUCAUCAGGAAAGGACGUCGUCGAUGUCAACGGGGUCAGAGAAGAUAUAUUCCAGCCAGUACACCUAUCCUGCCACACAGGCGCUUUCCUGCUUUGACUCCUUCGAAGCACAGCUGGUUACUUACAUUAAUGCAACGCUUGCAGAGGAAGGUAGGCUACCAAGCGAUACGGAGAUACAAGAUCAAGCGCGCCGCUUUGUGUAUGACGGGGAUGAUCCGUGGCAUCAGACCAUUGCUGAGAAUGCUAUGUGGCUGGAGGAUUUUAAGGAGCGAUAUGCAUUUGUAGCCCCGGUGAAGACAUGUGUAUAG